CCGAGCGCGGCCGCAGCGGAGGCGGCGCCCAGGGAGGGAGGGCGGCAGGGCGGCAGGGCCGAGCGCAGCACAGCGCUCUGGCCAUCGCAGCCUCCACAGCCAGGAUGCCCGGGUCCGCGGGCCGCUCCGCCGCCAGCCAGCCCCGCGGCCCCUGGCAGCGGGCGCUCAGUGCCGGGGCGCGGGAAUCGCAGCCGGAGCCGGAGGCGGGAGCAGCGAGCCGGAGCCUCUGGCGCCCAAAUGCCGGCUGCUCGUGGUCCCUGGCGUCACCGGGCCCCCACAUGUGAGGGCUGCUGCCCUGCAAGGAGGCCUGGUUCUGAGGAGGAUGCCGCGGCCACUCCCCAGCUCCAGGCUGCACCAUGAGUGAGGAGCGCCGGCUGCCUGGCAGUGCUGUAGGCUGGCUGGCAUGCGGAGGCGUGUCGCUGCUGGCCAACGCCUGGGGCAUCCUCAGUGUGGGCGCCAAGCAGAAGAAGUGGAAGCCUCUGGAGUUCCUGCUUUGCACACUGGCAGCCACCCACAUGCUCAACGUGGCGGUGCCCAUUGCCACGUACGCCGUAGUGCAGCUGCGGAGGCAGCGUCCUGACUAUGAGUGGAACGAGGGCCUCUGUAAGGUCUUCGUGUCUACCUUCUACACGCUCACACUGGCCACCUGCUUCUCUGUCACCUCCAUCUCCUACCACCGCAUGUGGAUGGUCCGAUGGCCAGUCAACUACCGGCUGAGCAACGCCAAGAAGCAGGCGGUGCACACAGUGAUGGGCAUCUGGAUGGUGUCCUUCAUCCUGUCAGCCCUCCCUGCCGUCGGCUGGCAUGACACGAGCGAGCGUUUCUACACCCAUGGCUGCCGCUUCAUCGUGGCUGAGAUCGGCCUGGGCUUCGGCGUCUGCUUCUUGCUGCUGGUGGGAGGCAGCGUGGCCAUGGGUGUGGUCUGCACGGCCAUUGCCCUCUUCCAGACGCUGGCCACACAGGUCGGGCGCCGGGCCGACCGCCGCGCCUUCACCGUGCCCACCAUCGUGGUGGAGGAUGCACAGGGCAAGCGUCGCUCCUCCAUUGACGGCUCAGAGCCCGCCAAAACCUCACUGCAGAUCACGGGCCUGGUGGCCACCAUCGUGGUCAUCUACGACUGCCUCAUGGGCUUCCCUGUGCUGGUGGUGAGCUUCAGCAGCCUGAGGGCGGAUGCCUCAGCACCCUGGAUGGUGCUCUGUGUCCUCUGGUGCUCCGUGACCCAGGCCCUGCUGCUGCCCCUGUUCCUCUGGACCUGUGAUCGCUACCGGGCAGACCUCAGGGCAGUCUGGGAGAAGUGCAUGGCCCUGAUGGCCAACGACGAGGACUCAGACAAUGAGACCAGCCUAGAUGGCAGCCUCUCCCCCGACCUGGCGUUGGAGCGCUCCCUUGACUACAGCUAUGGAGGUGACUUCCUGGCUCUGGACCGGAUGGCCAAGUAUGAGCUGUCUGCCCUGGAGGGGGGCUUACCCCAGCUCUGUCCUCUGCGGCCAUUGCAGGAGGAUCGGAUGCAGUAUCUGCAGGGCAAGGGGAGGCAUCAGUGCGGGUUUCCAGGAGGGCAGCCCUGUUUCAGCCCGGCCGGAUGCUCACAGGUCCCGCCCACCCGGCGGUUCUCCCACGAUGAUGCCGACGUGUGGGCGGCAGUGCCGCUGCCCACCUUCCUGCCACGAUGGAGUUCUGGCGAGGACUUGGCAGCCCUGGCACACCUAAUGCUGCCCGCGGGGCCCGACCGGCGGCGCGGGAGCCUGCUGGCUUUUGCCGAGGAUGCGCCCCCGUUCCGGCCGCGCCGUCGCUCGGCCGAGAGCCUGCUGUCCCUACAGCCCUCGUCCCUAGACGGUGGCCCGCGUCACACCCACGACUCGCCUCCUGGCAGCCCGCGUCGCCGCCCCGGGCCCGGCGCCCGCUCCGCCUCCGUCUCGCUGCUGCCGGACUCCUUCGGGCUGACCGCCUUCGAGCGGGAGCCGCAGGCUCUGCGUCGCGUGCCCGCCCCAGCGCGGCCCUUCCCCGCUGCCCACGACGGCCCGGAGCCGGGUGAGGUCCCGACGCCCCCUGGCGGCCGUGUGCAGCGCAGCCACGGACGCCGGGCCGCGCGCGCGCAUGCGGGCACGCUGCAGACCGGCCUGAGCGUGUCGUGGGGCGAGCCCGGCGGCCUGCAGGCGGCGGGCUGCGGCAGCACCAGCAGCUUUCUGAGCUCGCCCUCCGAGUCCUCGGGCUACGUCACGCUGCACUCGGACUCGCUGGGCUCUGCGUCCUAGGACCCUCCAGGUCCUCCCCGGAGACGCCACGCAGAAGGAAGACGCACAGCACCAAAGACGCCACCGCGUGUUAGGCGCGCGGACGAGUGCCGCCCACCCGCGGCGUGAAUGGGUGGUGGACUGUGCGCCCCCUUACAGUUCCUUCCUGCUGAUACCGCCCGGAGGGGCGACGGCCACCCUGGAUGGCUGCUCGGGACAGAGACUUGCUGCCGGCCAGGCUGUCCCCCAGGAAGGGGCAGGCUUUGCCUGUGUAGGGAGUGGCGCCUGCUCGUUUGGCACACUGCCACCAGCCCUUCUGAGGCUUGACUGGGCGGUCGGAAACCCCGAGACCACCACGACAAAGGACAAAUCCCUUGCGGGGGAAGCUUAAGCCGGAAGCCACUGCCUGCAUUCGCGUUCUUCACACAGCGACUGCCUCACCUCGAGGGGGUGUGUGUAGCAUGUAAGCACAGGGCAUCUUGGGAGCCCAGACGAGUUCUGUUGAGUAGGCUUCCCUGUGACCUGCCUCAGUUUCCCCAUCUCCGAUGAGCGGACGACCAGAUACAUCUCUCAGGGCUGUUUGAGAGCACCCCUGGUCUGUGUGCCCUGGCACUCGAAUGGACCAGGUAUGAGAGGUAGUGCAAGGCCCUUUGUUAGGGCCAGCCUUCAGCAAGUGGCCCCCAGGUCUCAGUGAGCUUUGCCCUCUUGGAGUCUCGCCCCACUUUAGCUAAAGCACAAUGCCAUGGUGUAACGACCACCUGGACCCCAUUAGUGUCCCGUGCUGGAGGUUCCACCGUAUUGCCUGCCUCCCACUGUCGGCCACCUGUGACCCCGCUGUGACGGCUGUGGGUUCCUGGCGUAGAGAAAAAAGCAAACGGAAGAGGGCUUCCAUGUCUGGGUGUCCAUCUCCAGCUUUGCCUCCUACCCACAUAAGCAAAGUCCCUGGAAAAGAUGUCCUGCACACCACCACCACUGCAAAGAAGGGCUUUGCUCUCUCUCUCCUGGGUAGAGCCCUUUCCGGGUCUGGGCUGUGCCAGGGACAUAGGUAUCCCCAGAAGAGCCUCUCGGGGCUGGGAGCUGAGGGUUGGAGGGCUAGUGGGGCCACACAGCAGGCCCUGUGUGAUAGUCUCAAGGCCAGCACAGAGUCAGCCUGUGGCCUGUUCUCCAUGGCCAGGCCCGGCCCCUCUGCCUCUCCCGACAGUUAGGGCUGGCCCUCUCCUGGGCCUUGGGGGCCUCUGCAGUCCCUGGCUGUGGGUUAAGUGAACGAUAAACCAUUGUAGAACAGGGAAGCAGGGGACUUUGGUCCAUCUUUGGACUUGGGAGAAGCUGCCUCUGGCCGCUUGCUGCUGUGCCUUCAGGGACUGACAUUAUGGGGGCGGGGGUGGGGGGAGGCCACCAGCUAGCCACUGUCUCCCUCACCCACCUUAAAGGGUCAAUUUAUCACCUUGGGUUUUCACUCUAUUUUGUAUUCAACGGCAAUACUUGUAAUGGGGACAUACGCCCCUAAGUCACUCCUACUUUUUACAAACCCUUAAGGGCAGCCCCCAGGCAGAGGACACUAGGCAUCUGGGGCUCUUCCCCACACCUGUUCAGCCUCCCUGUUUGCUGACACCUGUAAGGACCUUGACCCUGGGGUUACUGGUGAUCCAGCUAUCUGCAUUCCACAGCCCAGCCCACAGUCAGGGAUUCGUUUGUAGUCUUUCAUUUGUUUUUUGAAAAAACAAAACAAAACAAAAACAGCAUCUCUUUUCUGUACAGGACUCAAUAAACCUUUCCACAUGGUUUGCA